AUGGGAUUACACGUGACACCUGAGAAAGCGAUUAGAUUCACGAAAAUCACGGUAGCCCUAGCGUUCACGUGGCCACCCUCGAUUAACUCUUCUAACAAUCGACUUUUGUUGUUCAACGUGUUAUGGUGGGCGGCGUUUGUCAGCUGCCUCGGUCUGCUUUUGCCGCUUCUCAGCGCGAUUUACGUGUAUAGCAAUGAACCAGUCCUGCUUGGUAAAACCGUCAGUCUUUUCUCGGCUGUCGCUCAGGUGAUGAUCAAGAUGAUCGUUUGUCGUCUGAUGCAGAAGCGAUGUUAUUACCACGUGGUUCGGCUCGAAUCAGACGUCAGAUCGUUUCAGAGAUUGUUCUUCGAUAUGGAGAACUUUUGCAAGUACGCCACCGAGGAGGACAGGAUCGUAGUGCAGCGUCACAUGGAUAGCUACAAGUAUUCCCACGUUGUUUACGCGAUCUGGUGUUUCUUGACGUGCCUGUUCGUUGUAAGCGGCCCUCUGUACUCGCCGCAAAUGUUCCCCACGCUCGCUAUAUACCCAUUUCCGGUGGAGUAUCAGCCGAUGAAGAGUAUUAUUUUCUUCCAUCAAAUACUGGUCGGCUGCCAGGCGACCGCAGGCAUGGCGAUCGACGCUCAGAUCGCACUUCUAUUGAGAUACGCCACGGUCAGGUUCGAGAUUUUAGCGAUACAGCUGCGGAAAGCUAAGUCCGGCCAGGAUUUGAACGCCUGUAUACGGGAACAUGUGAAACUUUUGUGGUAUACAAAAUCCGUAUACAAAUCCGUCAGGUUUAUUGCUUUGGCGACAGUAGCCACGACGCAUAUCGCCGUGAUUUUCGGCAGUUUGAACCUGGUCACCAAACAACCAUUACUCUUCAAACUUUUAUUCGCGCUCGUGGUGUUCAGCGCCAGCGUGGAGCUCAUCAUGUACGCCUGGCCGGCCGACAGUUUGAUACACGCGAGCAACAAAACUGCCGCGGCGGCUUACGAGACAAACUGGUUCGAGGAGAAUGUCGAUAUUCAGAGGAAGAUCCGCUUUAUCAUAUUGAGAUCCCAUAGACUCGAGGCUAUCGAAAUAAGCGGUAUUAUGCCAAAAAUUACAUUGUCUUAUUAUGCAUCGUUUCUAUAUACUGCGAUGACCUGUUUCACUGCAUUGCGUAUAAUCGUCGAAAAGUCCAACCACGAUUGA